CGUGUUCUCAGUUACACGACACCUGCCAGCUAUAAAACGACCACGGCUCGAACAAACAGAACAGUUAAUGUUAUUAUGGCGCGGGCUUUGUGUCGUGGUCUCGUGGUGGCUGCGCUGAUCGCAUCAUGUUUGGGGAAAACUGCCGAUCAACUUGCGAAAGAAGCAACUGAUGACUUCAAGGACAUGAAGAUUGUUCUCCUUGAAAAAAAAGGGACGAAUACAUCCUACAAAGUAGGGAACGAGGCACACCUACUUCAAAACCGGGACUUUGUUAAAUCUAAACAGACAGUUCUGUACAUUCACGGUGCACUCCAGAGCCCAUCAGAUGUCAGCUCACAAACGGUCACCAAUGCUUUGAAAAAGACUGGACGCUACAACCUCGUUCUCAUCGACUGGUCGCAGUACACAACAAACAGUAAUGGCAAGGGCCAGUUCAAAACUAACUUCGGAAACAUGUCAGCGGUGAGUGAGCGUGCUGGCCGCUCCGUCAAGGCUCUGGUGCAGGCUGGCCUGCCGCUGAAUUCACUUUGGGUUGUGGCACACUCGAUGGGGGCCCAAAUGGCGGCGUUCGUAAGCCGUGCGCUGGAUCGCAAAGUACCGAGGUUGACAGCCUUGGACCCAGCUGGCGCAAAGGCGCCAUUCUUAGGCUUUCCCCACCUUGUCCGCGAAGAUGCACUCUUUGUCGACGUAAUUCAUACCGAUGCUGGGACAACGUUCGACACACGCGGAUACGAUGGCGAUUGUGGCCACAUCGAUUUUUGGCCGAACAAUGGUCGAGCCAUUCAACCAGGAUGCGAAAACGUGAAAGGCGACCAAUUUGAGCCGGGGCGCUGCAGCCAUGCUCAAUCUUAUCGAUAUUUCGCUGAGUCUAUACUUUCUCCGGAAGCCUUUCCCGCCGUCCAAUGUAACACAUGGGCAGGCUUUAAGAGUAAAAAGUGCCCUGCAAACAAGAAGAAUGUCGCCUACAUGGGGUACAAUGCAUCACCGAAACAAAAAGGGCGAUUUUUCCUUCGGACCGGAAGUAGUUCUCCAUUUGGACUCGGGAAAGCCGGUCUGUUGCCAAAGUAACGUCGAGUUUAACAGGACCAAAAUUUUGGAACCAACAAUUAGAAUUAAUGUCAGUAAUGAUCCAACGUCAAAAGUUUAAAUGAAAAACGAAAUUAUUGUAAAGUUUGUGGUACCUGAACUUCUAGUACAUCAAAGGAACACAUCUGCAAACAUGCAAUGGCUUUUUUUACCUUACUUGGAGAGUUUGGCGUUCCCUCUGUGUAUACUUUUCGUUUUCGAAUGAUUAGGAAUUUUUCACACUUUAUGUUAUUUGUUCGGUGUGAUGACGGCAGGUGGCUAGGGCUCAUGGAUAGGCAACGGUGAGCGCCCGAUCCUCUGCUGCGGCAGAUGUUCGUCGCCAUAUCUCAGCCACCCGGGUGGUAGGUAACUCCUGAAUUAGGUGUAGAAAUUUCAAGAAUUUAAUUUAAAUUGGCUUGAAUUGAAUUUGAACUGGCUUAAUUGUUUUUGAAUUGGUUUGAAAUGUUGCGAUUUUAUGUUACUGAAUUGCCGUGAAUUGACUUGAGUUUGCUUGAACUGACUAGAAUUGAAAGUAAAUUGUCUUGAAUUGGACUGAAUUAGUUGAAUAAUUUUCGAAUUGUGUUGAAUUACAUUGAACUGCAUAGUUAAAAUUUUUUGGAGGGAUUUUACAGAAAAAGUCUGGGCAUACUCAGUGCCAAUACAUUGUCUUGUAAAAUUACCAGUCUGUAAAAUUACAGAACACAAGUUAAACAGAUUCCGGUUAUUAUAUGGUAAUUAAAUUCCCAUGAUAUACUGGUAAAUUUACAUGUCCGUUCUGUAAAAGUUUUAUCAUACAUGUAAUGUAAAGUGUGGUAAUUCGAGAAAAGAAAAAGAAAUUUGGUUCGCCUCUGA